AUGCCCCGCCAACGCAAGAAAUCACCAUUCGUCUGCUUCGCACCAGAAGGUGAACUCCACAGCGAUUGCCAAAAUGAGCCUUUCUCGAACGAUGCUACCUUCCACGCCGACGACAGAAACAAGAUCUGGAUCGGUUAUCGCAACAACCUGGAUACCAGCUACAACGGCGGCAUGACUUUUCGCCAGGUUCUUGCUCAGGCGGAGGUCAAUCUUUUGCAAGCUAUGAGCGCGAAGCCGAACAGUAUUCAGCGCGCUCAAUGGCUGGAGGCAUUUCCAGGCGUCGCGACCAAAGCCAGUGACCAUGUUGUCCAGCAACUAGAACGUGGAGAGCGUGCCUUCAAGCAGGCGACUUGUCCAAACGCUUUGUGCAGAAAAGGUGACGAAGUCUUGCAAAUGGAAUGGAUCGCCAUCAAAUCCAACGCGUCCAGUUCGAAGAAGAGCGCCGAAGGAUUCCUUGUUGGAUAUAUCUUCCGUCUACAAGGUCAAGAGAUGAUCUCCAUCUGUCGCAACUACUACUUCGAUCUAUACCGAUUCCAGAGAGAUGAUGGCACUAUCUCUCCUGACAUGUUCCUACGCACGGUCAGAUCUCAUACCUACACAAAAACUGAUACACUACCUACAGGCAGUCUGACAGUAGCCCUCAAACUGCGGCCAAACCUGGUUCUAGGGCAAGCUCAAGGAAAAGCAUGGUACGUCAAAGUUGGUCCAGUAAUCAUGAUCCUAGCUGAAUCUCUCCAGAAACGUCAACGCCGCUCUGUCAGACUGCAGUCGUCUGAAGCUCUGGACGAUGAAGGUUCAGAGAAUGCCUCUUCCGAUGAUGAUUCAUCAACGACAACUGCGCGUGCUACCGAGGGCAAUACUGUUCCAACAUCUCCCGGUAUACCGGCCAUCGAGCCUGCGCAAGUUCUGGAAGAUGGAGUCCAUGAUAAAGGGGAAGAAGUCGUGCCAGCCAGCACCGUUGUUGGUCCCCUACCAACCAGAGACGAGUACACAUGGAUGAUCUGCCAAAUCUGUCACACCUACGGUGUACGCGCACUCGCAAUGCCGAACAUCGCCAGCCAUAUCAGGACUCUAGAGCAGGCAACCAGAGAAGACAAGAGACUUGUCCUGUGCCAAUCAUUCGCAAAGAUCAUGACAAUCCUGGUUACCACCACUUCAGCAAACCCUGUUUCCAACUUCUUGGAUGAGGAAUAUGAAAACAUGGUCAACGCCGCUGUUGCUGAAUUUGGUAUGGACCUUCUGAGCAGGAAUGAAGGAACCAUAUUCAUGGAGAGGAUGGGCAGAGCUAUGAUCGCGGGUCAAAGUGAGGACUUGGACAUGGCAUACGCUGCUCUCAGAGCAUCGAUGAUAGCCUACGCAGGUCGUAAGUAA